CGAUUGUGUGGGUUGCAGGGUUGCAGAGAGACGCUGCGAUUGGCGUCCUCUGAUUAAAAAAAAGUGCAAUAAUUUUUCUCAAAAAGUGCAAUAAAACUCGUUUGCAGUUCUCGGCACUUCACAAUGUCGCUGACCAUAGUCAAAUAUCGAAAAACAGCUGACGGCAUUCUGCCCAUAACGCCCACUGUGAUAUUUAGACCUAAAGUGCAAGUGCAGCCACAGCAAACUGUCAAGAAGGUAGCAGGCACUACUAUUGCUCUCGGCAAAAUACCUGCCGGAGCUAUUAUCAAGCCGAGUAUGAAACGCGCCUCCAGCAGCGCAACAUCUCCAGCCGCUCCUUUGGUAAAGACGCCAAAGUAUGUGAUGCAGUCGAGCAGCUAUGCCAGUGCAUCGUCCCCCUCACUGGCCUGGCAAACGUCGUCCUCACCGCUGGCUAGCAUUAAGAAGGAAUCGUUAGGCGCUGCAAUUAGUUCCCUUCCGCCCAAUACGAUUAUAAAAGCAACCACUAGACAACCCCUAUCCACGACCAACAGCCCGUUGCCAGGUCAUGUUAGUGCACUGGGCACAGGGUCGUCGUCCCCUGCCGCAGCACCUGCGGUCGCCUCCGCGGUGCGUCAGGCUGUUUUCCUGAAACGCGAUAUGCCACAACGCACCAUGCGCAGCAUGACAUUGGGCUCCAUUGAUAUGGCCUCUACACUGCAUCUGGGCGUAUCCAGCGCACAUUUGCCACUGUUUAAGCGGCACAUUUGUAAAUACGCAAAUCUGUCGCAUCUGGACUGCUGCGUAACGCUGCGAAAGCUGCGUCUGAACGAACCAUUUGCCCUACUCGCCGAGUUCUUUGAGCUGAGCGAGCAAGAUGUGGAACAGACAUUCAAGCGUACGCUUAUCAAGCUGGCACGCUGCCUGCGUCCGCUCAUUCGCUGGCCAGACGCCAAGCACUACUCUGAACGCUUAAAGCACAUGCCUUUAGCCUACAGAGCCAACCUGCUGCAUGUGCGAUCGCUGAUUGAGUGCGUUGAGACGGAGGUGAGCGAGACGCUCAAUUUCGGCUGCGACAGCUACAAGUUUAUCCUGUGCCUCAACACGAAUGGUGUUAUUAGCUAUGUGUCAGAUGCCUUUCGUGGCGACUGCGAUGAUCUGCAAUUGUUUGAGGCUACCAAUUUUAAGGACAUCAUACCCAAGUACUUAACGCUAUGCGCGGAGCCAGGCAAAGCUGUUAGACGCUCACCUAAAACCAAUGCAGAUGAUGGCCUAACAGAUGAGGAGUACGAGGCACAGGAUGAUGAGCCAAAGCAAAUCCUGAGCAAAUUUGAUGAACAGCGAUUGGCUGGCCAAUUGGCCAACAUGCAAACGAUGUCCGUCUCAAAUGGCGCACUCACCUCCACACGUGCACCGCAGCUCCAGUUGCCUACGUUGCGCGUCAAUGAGCCCGCCUGUCGCACACAGAUGCGUCACACGAUCGACACGUUGCGAGAGUUCAAGAUACUCGAUCACUGUGCUUUGCAGCAGACCCCACUGCUGGGCUAUUUGAACGAGAUGCUGAUUGUCGCUGCGGCGCUUUGUAAUCUGCAGCAGCAGUAGUAGCAGUAGCAAAAGUUUAGCUUAAAUUUAAACAACACCUGUUUUAAGGUCGUUACACUCGCGAUUAUGUACACAAUAUGUUAGCAUUACAAUUUAAAUUUUGAUACUAAAUGUUGUAUUUAGUCACUUUUAAUUACUGUAAUUUGCAGCGGCACAACAGCAACAGCAACAGAAGCUGGCACUUUCACAUGCCUGCUCUUUGUUGUUAGCACAGCCCUUGAUUUGCUGUAGCUGUUGCUUGUAGCAAUUGCAUUUGGUGUAUAUUUUAAUAGCCUUGUAUACACUUUGCUGCGGAUCCUAUAACUUUGUCACGCACUCAGCAAGACAUUCGAGGAAUCCGUUUAGUAUAUUGCACAUAUUCUCAAAUUUGUUUAAUCAUGCCAUGUGGCACAUAUGUUUAUACAUAUCACUAUAUGAGAUAGUUUAUAGACAAAUAUCAGGCAUUAGUGUCAGCAAGGGUAUAACAUUGUCGGCAACCCGAGCAUAAAAAUUCUUUUCUUUUUGCUAUAAGCUUCAUAACGAGCUGUGUUUAGUAUGCAGUGCAACAGGUUGCCGCGGCUGCUGUUGCUACUGUGCUGGCUACUGCAAUUUGACAUUGUUGACCUUUAGCAACUAGGCAUUGUUUAUAUUUAUGCACACAUAUUUGUAUGCCAUUCCAUGUCUUGUUUUCAUAUUGUUUCAUGUAUUUUGUAUUUUCAUGGCUUACACAACCUUUUCGAAAUGGCCGUCGUUGCCGUGCUUUAGACACCCACAAGCUGUGUUAAGAUCUAUUUGUGCAGCUGUUUGGCGCCUCUAACGUGCGUUUUAAAUUGCGAUGUUUGCUUUUAAUUCCCUAACUGGCAGAUGUCUUGAAACUGUCAUUCAUUUUGGCAGGGCACUUUGGCAGCCAGCCAAUCUUUUAACUAUUUAAGAAAUCAUUUUAUAUAUGAUUGCUUUAGUUGAGGUAAGCAACAAUUUAUGUUGUAUUCGUUGAUAGCCUUGAUAUUGCUUGUUAUUUUCAACGGAUAUUGAAGUCUUUAAGAAGCUGUUUGGAUCCUGCAAGGACCCCAAUAGCGCAUUGAGAGGAAGCGAUUAGUCCUUCCUCUACUGCAACCUUACCUGCGAUAAGUUAACAAAAGCAUUUGAUUCAUAUCUGUCUUUAACUACUAAUAUCCACAUACCCACAAUAAACAGGGGCAUCUAGGGUUAUAUAGAUCCUUAAAGCCCUGGGAUUGAUAAAACAGAUCGAGCAUCAGGUUAUUCGCUUGACUAUUCCAGACUCUCAGCGCAGUUUUGAUAAAAUAUUAAAGAUUGAAGCAUAUAUUAUAAAUAUUGUCCUGUUUAAACUGUAACUUUGCCAAAUUCUUCUAUUAGAUACACUUAUCAUACUCAAGCAUAAAAAUUCUAAGCUCCGAAAGUGUAUUCGAACUUCAGCGGAAAUUAUUUUUUAUUUUUAAGCUAUUAACUAAUUUUAUUUCAAUUGAUGAAACAGAAAACACAUGUCACAGAAAAAACGA